AUGGGGAAAGCAAAGAAACCCGCAUCUUCCUCACGUACAGCACCAUUUCGCUACGAUGGAGCUAAGGAUCUACCUGCUAGCUGCAUGCCGUACAUGGGGGACUUCGUCGUCCUCUCGCUUGAUCCUCAACAAUCUGUAGCUCAUCUUGACGAUCGUGCCAAACGCCUGGCAUCUCGACUGGAAUCAAGACAGUACCUCGCCGUUCCAAUCAUGAAUGGUACUGGCCUGCCAUCCAAAUUCAAACCUACGAAUGAAUUCUUCUUCGCCCUCGUACGCCAACGGACGGAUGUGGGGAGCAGCGAGCGUGUAUCAACCCCGCCGAGCUAUGAUGCGGUAUCCAAUACCGUACCUGGCCUCUCAGUACCUAUCGUCCCACAUGCUGCUGCAUCCACCCUUGACCAUCCACCCCUCGUGGCAGUUGCCGACUUUCCCUUUCCGGAUUGUGAGGUCGACCUUGCAGUGGGUUCCUUGUACGUGCGCGUCACGAACGUCAAACGAGACAGGACUCCUGUGCUUCCGCUUCCGUUUAAAGAGGUCAUCAGAUUGCAGCGCAUCCGCCGCGCUCACAUGCGUCGCGUCGCAGAGUUGAAAGCCGCAACUAGAGCCGAACAACGAUUGAGGGAUAGCGGAGCGCCACCUACCAGUGAAGGAGGUCACCUUCACCACGCGCCGGCGGUCAAUGAAUCCCCAAAGCCCACUGGUAAAACGAAGGAUAUGGACAGAGUUCUCAUGUCGGCAUUGCUUAACUAUGCAGGGAACCCAGACAUUCCUGUUGCCAACGUCUGGUACGAUCUCAACGCGGUCGACGUGGUGAAGGAUCCUUCUGCGCUGAAACGAGAGGAAGAGGCGAUCCUCCGAAUCAUGCGGGAUGCCGAAGUUCGAAUGGCUCGGGCAGGUAUUCAACCACAGUUUCCUUCACAUUCGAUGCCCUGGGAGGACGAGCGCAUGAACGACCUAGGACAUCUUGUACAAGAUAGCAUGACCGCAGCCUUGCGCAAGGUCUCUUCGAGCAUAAUCUCGCCCGCCCGCGCUAUAUUGCGGCGCUCUUGGGGAGGUGGCUGGAAAUCACUGAAGCGGACAGGCGCCCAAAAUCUGCGGGCGCAGCGUACAACAUCACCAGCGUCUAUCUCCACGCCGCCGACACGAGCGCCAUCACCUUCUACGGUGCCUGUCGUGCAACAACGAGAAGCUUCCCCUGCCCCCACAACAAUUCUUACAUACGAAGAGACACAGCCGUCAUCUGCACUCGAUCCGACGAGUGUUGCACAGGACCUGCCUGUACCUUUUGUUCCCGCCGCGCCAGCGCCUCCGCUCGCUGAGCUCCCUCCUUCUCCAACCCAAUCCAACCGAACUCAAGAGGACCGUGCUGUUGGAGAGAGCCUGUCUUUCACUCCCAAUGCUCCGCUUGCCAAUGUAUACUCAUCUCCGGAUACCAGCCCGGCACUUCCUGGGGAGCAUCUACCGUCGCGGAAGGUUGGCCGUUCAGGAACAGCUAUAUCCGAGGAGUCCGCAUCUGGUCCAUAG